AUGUCUUUGAAAUAUUAAGAUCUCUAUGAAGAAUUAGAGACUAUAGGAAGUGGAAGUUAUGGUAUAAAGAUAUUCGAUUAUAUAUAGGAUCUGCAUAUUUAGUCAAGAAUAAAAAGACUGGACAAUUAUCAGUGGCUAAAAAAGUUCAUUUAGGUAAACUUUCAGAGAAAGAAAAAAUAAGUGCCUUAAGAGAAGCAGAAUUAUUAAAAAGUUUAGAUCAUCCAAACAUAGUGUAAUAUAUGGGAAGUUUUGAGGAUAGUAGUUAAUUAAUUAUUUUAAUGGAAUAUUGCGAAGGUAUUAUAUUAAUUCUAUAAACAUUAUAGAAGGAGACUUAUAAUAUCAUAUAAAAAAAAGAAAGUAAGGUAAAUAAAUUUAAUACUUUCCUGAGAAGAUGAUUUUAAAUUGGUUUAUUCAAUAAUUAUUUGCUUUAUAAUUCAUCCAUUCAAAAAAGAUCUUACAUAGAGAUAUUAAAACAAGUAAUAUAUUUUUAACAUCAAAUGGAACAGGUAUAAUUUUGUAUUAAUAUACUAAGUCAAACUUGGUGAUUUUGGAGUUUCCAAAGUUUUAGAAAGUACUCUAGAUUAAGCAUCAACUGUUGCUGGUACACCUUAUUAUAUGAGGUAUUUAUAUAUUUCUGAUAAUAGUCCAGAAGUAUGUGAAAGUAAACCUUAUACUUUUAAAUCUGAUGUUUGGGCUCUUGGAUGUGUUUUACAUGAAUUAUGUACAUUUAAACAUGCUUUUGAUGCUAAAAAUAUUUUAAGUCUCGUUACUAAAAUUUUAAAUGGAUAAACUGAAACAUUACCACCUCAUUAUUCUAAAGAUCUUUAAUAAUUAAUACAUAGACUUCUUACUAAAUAAGUUCAAUCUCGUCCUCUAGUUGCUGAAAUUAUCAAUAUGCCUUUUAUUUAAUCUGUUAUGUAAGAUUUCAUUAGAAGUGGAGGAAAAUAAAACUUUUGUUCUGUUGUUGGAGUUAAAAAAAUUAAAUAACAUGAAAUCUAAGCACAUAAUUAACAUUAAAUCUAAAUUAAUUAAAUUAAUUAAACAAAACAAGAUUAAGAAUCUUAUCAACAUUCUAUUAAAGAUGAAAUUUAUAAAGAAAAAGAAGAUGAAAUUCAUAAUUAAACUGUCAUCUCUCAAUCAUUAAAUAAAAGUAAGACAAUUAAAAAUUAAUAGAGUAGAUUGAUAAUGCCAGUAAAUAUACAAUUGGUGAAACUAUUAUUAGUUAAGCAUCUUAAUUUCUAGAUUAACCUAAAUAAAUUUCUCCUAAAUCUCUUUUAAAAUAAAAAAAAGAAUAAGAAACUUUAUAAAAAAUUGAAAUGCUAUCAAAAGCUACUUAAAAUAUUAGUUAACAAAAUUAAAAAUAGGCUGAAUUAAGAAAAAUACAAAAUCUUUAUGGAACACAAUCACAAUUUUAUUAAUAGAAAUAAUUAGAAAUAUAAUAAACAUCUACUCAAUAAUAAUUUUAUUAAAAUUAAUAAUAGUAACAAAUUGAAAUCAAAAGUUCAGGUUAAUAAUAAUAAUAAUAAUAAUUAUAAACUAAACAACAAUAGUAGUUUUAGAAUACUUAUUCUGAUUAAAGUUUAUAAUCAUCUUCUAAAUUUAAAUAAAUUGAUGAAGAAGUUAUGAAAAGAAGUUUAUUAAGUUUAAAAUAAAAAUAAGCAUAAAAGAAAGAAAAAUCUUCUUCUUAAAAUUAAACAAUGGAUAAUUAAAAUGAUGAAUAUCCAGAAGAUUUUGAAUACUAUGAUGAUUUUGAAGAUUAUGAUUCAGAUAAUGACUUUUAAAAUGAAACUGUUAUUAAUGAAGAAAUUUUAGGUGAUGAAAUGGAUGGUACAAGAUUAACUUAAAGAUAAUCUGAUUAAGAUUUAUAGAGUGUUGUAGAAGUAUAUAAAAAUGAAUUAGCAAAAGCAAAAAGUGGUAAUGAAACUUUAGCAGGUAAAUCAUCAAUUUCUUCAAUACUUUAGAAAUCUAAGAAGAACCUGAAUCAUCUUCAUAUUCUUCCAGCUUUUAUAAGACUGAUGAAAAAUUUAAGCCAAAAAUAUCCAUGAUAGAAAACCUAAAAAAGAGUAUCUUAUAAUAAAUCCCUUAAGAUUUAUUUAAUAUCGCUUACAAUAAAAUAUUAAGUGCAAUUGAGAAAAAAUAAAGUUCUUAAGAAGUAAAAAUAUGUUUCAAUUAUUCUGUAGAUGUAUAAAGAUUUAAAAUAAAUUUUGGGUAAAAAAUACUCAGGAGCUGGAUUUUAAAUAGAAUAAUUGAUAUAUCAGGAGUAAUUAUAUAAACACUUUCAAAACUGA